AUGGCGCAACUCAAGAACGACUCUAUCCGGGCUUUCGAGGUCUCUAUCCCACAGUCGGAUAUCGAUGACCUACAAAUCCGCCUUCGACUGACCAGAUGGCCAGAUAAAGAGCCUGUUGACGACUGGUCUCAAGGUGUCCCGCUUGCCGUCAUUCAAGACCUUUGCAAAUACUGGCAAACAAAGUACGAUUGGAGACGAUGUGAAGCCUUACUUAAUUCAUAUCCCCAGUUUACAACGACAAUCGAUGGAGUGGAGAUAUACUUCCUCCACAUACAGUCAAAGCAUCAAAAUGCUACACCUCUUUUAUUAACGCACGGUUGGCCGGGCUCAGUCCUUGAGUUCAGGCAUGUGAUCGAUAAACUUGUUGAUCCUGAAUCACACGGAGGCUCUCACGAAGACGCAUUUCACCUCGUUAUGCCAGCACUUCCGGGUUAUGGAUUUUCCGGAAAGCCAAAGGAGACUGGCUGGGGACAUGAACGCACUGCUCGUGCAUGGACAGAAUUGAUGGUGCGUCUGGGCUACCAAGAUCGUGAAUGGGUGGCUCAAGGCGGAGAUUGGGGAGCUUUUGUCGUCGCGAGUCUUGGCCAUCAAGCUCCAAAAGGACUAAAGACUGUUCACUUCAAUUCCAUAUACUUCGAGAGCAAGAAAGAAGCUCAAGUUCCAAUCAAGGAUAAGCAGGCUGAAGAACGAGCCACGCGCCUCGACGAGUUUCGGGACACUGGUUUCAAAGGUUAUUCCCUGGAGCAGUCAACAAAACCUCAAACUGUCGGAUAUGGACUCGCAGACUCUCCUGUCGGUCAGGCUGCCUGGAUAUAUGAAAAGUACCGAGACUGGACCGAUCACGAUGGCGAUGUAGAAACCUUGUUUAGCAAGGAUGAAAUGCUCGACACAAUCAUGCUUUACUGGCUCACCAACUCUGCAACGUCAUCUGCUCGCUACUAUUGGGAGGUCGCAUCCAGCACGACUGCGUGGGAGAUACAUAUCCCAGUCGGCGUGAGCUGGUUCGGUGGUGAUAAUAGCUUUGCGCCGAAAGAAUGGUGUGAGCGCUAUUACAAAAAUAUUUUGUAUUGGAAAGAGUUGCCUAGAGGUGGCCACUUUGCGGCUUGGGAGCAGCCCGAUGCGUUUGUUACAGAGAUACGCGAAUGGCAUAAACAAAUCAGGUGA